CAUAUUUGCGUAUAUACACGGGAAAUAUACAAUGACAAAAUGGCCUCUCGCUCSGACGAUACAAAUAAACCUCCUUCAAGCGAUGAUCAAAGAGAACGAAUGGAAUUAACUUGCCCGAUCUGCCUGGAAGAAUUUGACGAACCUAAAAUACUACCCUCUUGCAAGCAUAAUGUUUGCAAACACUGCCUUCAGAAUAUGACAAGAAGAAAAUCAAAAGCCUUAUGCCCGGUUUGUCGAACUGAAUUCUCUCUCGGUAGUCAAGGUGUAUUCGAAUUCACGACUAAUGCUGAAUUAGCCGAGCUUGUUCGAARCAGCAAGGAAGAAAGAGAAAGGCAAGGAGUGGCGAAGAUAUUUGAAUUGUGCGUUCAAAARAUGGCCGAUGCAAAUAAGUUACUUGAGGAUCAUAAGAUAUUCAGUCAACRAAGACAGCAAUAUGGAGAGCAACUGCAAGAGCAAAUACACAAUUUAGCAGAGAAAUUCAUCCUUUGUGUGAGAGAAAAAGAAAAAGAAUUGUGCAARAAAGUGGAAGAUGAGAUUGAAAGACACGAAUAUGAAAGUGAAAAGCAAGUAGAAAUGCUCGCUCAGCUCGUAGAAGACACUUCARCCACGAUUAUCAAGAUUGAAAGUGUUUUGAAUAAUCAAGACGAAGCAACCAACGAAGACCGCAAAAACAUUGUACUUGAAUCACAGAAAAUUAUCAACACGAAGACAUAUGAAGACCUCACACCAUUUGAUGUUGUAACCUCUAAUUUUAGCCCCAAUCUGUCUUUAUUAGGGAAACUAGAAAARGAUGGAUUUGGCAAAGUAUACAGCACUAAUCAAUUCAGAUAUACCGGAAACGAAACUCAUAGCAACAAGCAAUCGUCYAUYAAACCYUURGAACCUUACAUAACAGUUACAGCAGACGACCUGGGGCUAGAAUACUUCGCUCCRCUUAGCCUCGCGACGGAUGGCAAGAAAUACAUCGCAGUAGCCGAUCCAGCAAACAGUAAUGUCUUACUUUUAGACAUWGACGGCAAGCUACUGAAGAGGUUCCAGCCCCCAGGGAAAAACCCUGAGCCGCUGACGUUCUCCGGCGUGGCAUUCACGCCUUCUUCUGAGCUUCUUGCAGUUUGYGGAUCCACCGAAGUGUUUUACUUGAAUAUCAAAGAAGGUGGAUUCAAAAUGACGUAUCGUACUAACGAAAAGUAUGGAGUCAGGUAUUGUUUUGUGACCGUCGGACCCGAUGGUAGGGUACUGCUCACAUGCGAGCCUUCCCUACGUCACUUCCGGUCCUGCAUCUUCAUGUACAAAGACAUCCCUUUCGGGAAACCAGACUUGAUGUUUGGUCUGAAUGGAUAUGAUCACCGACUUGAAUUCCCAUUCAAAGCUAUCUAUUACAAAGAAGAAUACUUCGUGUCCGACAUGGAAAAAGGCAGCAUCUUGGUGUACAAUUCCCAAGGCGUUUACCGAAGACAAAUAGGAGGAAAAGAUGACGAUUCACUUUCCCACAUUGAAGAGGGAACAACAAGCCAACUUGUCCUUCCCACGGGAAUAGCGCUGUGUCCAGAAAAGGGGUGCUUCUACAUCUGCGACUGGGGAUCGAGUAGUGUCCAAGUGUACAARACUGAUGGSACRUUCGUUGCAAAGUUCACAAUAGACGGUCGACCGACKGAUAUCAUUUUGUUGGACAGUGGUUCUGUUGUCAUCAGUUCUAAAGAUGAUCAGUGGAUCAAAUUCUACACUUUUCCGACGUUUAGUUUGAAAUGACACCAAAAAUAAAGGGCAAACUAGGGCGUGAUCUUCCYGACCCGAUAAUCCUUAACCACGAGGAGUUGGUCGUAUCAGAAAAAAUAAAUAAAUACAARUUUUCAUUUUCUUGACUUUCGCCCUUCGUUAAAUGCAGAGAUUAAUYAUUUGCUUMAUUCACGGUACGUGUAUGCUYCAUAAAAUAAAAUGCGCUGGCCAAUCGGAACGCACUGAGCUGUAAUACUAAUAUAUUACAUCAGUUUUGUCGUACCAAUCACUUGUCUUGCAAUAUCUGCUAUGCAGAUAGACUAAAUAACAAUGUACUUAACAAAUAUUGAGUGCAAAGAUAAGGUUGAUGACAUUGAAAGAUUUCUAUUCAAAAUACAUUAAUAUUUAGCAAAAUACAAGUGUGAAAAUGCUGUAAAUUUCAAUGAAUAGACUCUAUUAACAACAAAAAACAAAAAAAAAUUAAGUGGGAAAUAAAUGGAGAUUAAAGGUGACAUUAAAAGAACAGAGAAGGGAAAUAAA